AAAAACGCGCCAGGGCCGGGCGCGCGCCUCUUUCUCAGUUGUCUUGGGGUCCCGCUGAGGCGCGGACGGGCGAGCGGAGCCAACAUGCCGGUUGCCCGGAGCUGGGUUUGUCGCAAAACCUAUGUGACCCCGCGGAGACCCUUCGAGAAAUCCCGCCUCGACCAAGAGCUGAAGCUGAUCGGCGAGUAUGGACUAAGGAACAAACGUGAAGUCUGGAGGGUCAAAUUUACCCUGGCCAAGAUCCGCAAAGCUGCUCGGGAGCUGCUGACCCUGGACGAGAAAGAUCCACGGCGUCUGUUUGAAGGCAAUGCCCUGCUGCGGCGGCUUGUCAGGAUUGGGGUGCUGGAUGAGGGUAAGAUGAAGUUGGAUUACAUCCUGGGCCUGAAGAUCGAGGACUUCUUGGAGAGGCGCCUGCAAACCCAGGUCUUCAAAUUGGGCUUGGCGAAGUCCAUCCACCAUGCCCGUGUGCUGAUCCGCCAGCGCCAUAUCAGGGUCCGCAAGCAGGUGGUGAACAUCCCGUCCUUCAUUGUCCGCCUGGACUCCCAGAAGCACAUCGACUUCUCCCUCCGCUCGCCUUAUGGGGGUGGCCGCCCGGGCCGCGUGAAGAGGAAGAAUGCCAAGAAGGGCCAGGGUGGGGCUGGCGCCGGUGACGAUGAGGAGGAGGAUUAAGGGUCCCACGCCCUCCUGGGCUGGCGGCAUGUCUCAGUUUGCAGUCAGACAGUAAACAUGUUGUCAGUGUUUU